CCAGACUGUUUCCUAUCUGUACAGAUACAAACAAUCAUUCGCAAUGGCUCGUACCAAGCAGACUGCCCGCAAGUCUACCGGAGGCAAGGCCCCCCGCAAGCAGCUGGCCACCAAGGCAGCACGUAAGUCUGCCCCUGCUACCGGAGGUGUCAAGAAGCCCCAUCGUUACAGGCCUGGUACUGUUGCCCUUCGUGAGAUCCGUCGUUACCAGAAGAGCACUGAGCUCCUCAUCCGCAAGCUGCCCUUCCAGCGCCUCGUCCGUGAGAUUGCCCAGGACUUCAAGACUGACCUCCGCUUCCAGUCCUCUGCUGUCAUGGCUCUGCAGGAAGCCUCCGAGGCUUACCUGGUCGGCCUCUUCGAGGACACCAACCUGUGCGCCAUCCAUGCCAAGCGUGUAACCAUUAUGCCCAAGGAUAUCCAACUUGCUCGCCGUAUCCGCGGAGAGCGCGCCUAAGAUUUUGGUUGCUAGCUUGCUUGCAUACAUCAAAAUCAUCCUCCUCGGCCCUUUUCAGGGCCUAAACUAAUCAAU